CUGAAGUUGAAGUGCUUUGGGUGGAAACGCUGAAGAAAAUAUACAUUGCAAAGUUGAAAAAUGAUAGUGAAGGUGAAAAUUCAAGAAUAUCAACGUAAAACUGUUAGUCCAAGGUCACGAAAGCUGAAAUGCUGGUCAAGAGUUGACAAGUAGUACGAGUCUGGGAGCAUGCCGAUCCAGGCCCCCCAGUGGACGGAGUUCCUGUCGUGCCCCAUCUGCUGCCAUGAGUUCGAUGGUGGCCAGCGCGGGCCCAUCAGCCUUGGGUGUGGACACACAGUGUGCCGUGCUUGCCUUGCCAAGCUCCAGCGCAAUCAGUGUCCAUAUGACCAGACUGUAAUGAGACUGGAGCUGGACCAGCUUCCGGUCAACGUUGCACUGCUGUCACUGGUGGGGGCUGGGACGAACGUGGAGGAGGGAGACCUGCCCCCCCCUCCACCAGUGCCCCCGACUCACACCCGGAAAUACUUCAUAGCCGUGAAGUGCAUCAAAGAUCUUGCACUAUUUCUCAAACCCUUCUCUGGCACAGGAACGAAUGGCUCGACAUCACUCCUCUCCCGCCCUAUGCAACGGAAGCUGGUCACCCUCAUCAACUGCCAACUAGUGGAAGAUGAGGGUAGAGCCAGGGCAGUCCGGGCAGCACGAUCGCUCGGGGAACGCACCGUCACAGAACUCAUUUUACAACACCAGAACCACCAGCAGCUCUCUGCCAACCUCUGGGCUGCCGUCAGAGCAAGAGGGUGCCAGUUUCUGGGGCCUGCAAUGCAAGAAGAGGUGCUGAAAUUGGUAUUGUUGGCCUUGGAGGAUGGAUCUGCUCUGUCUAGGAAAGUUUUGGUCAUGUUCGUUGUCCAGCGCCUUGAACCACACUUCCCACAGGCUUCCAAAACAAGUAUAGGACACGUAGUACAGUUGCUUUACCGUGCCUCGUGUUUCAAGGUAUCCAAACGAGAGGGCGACUCCUCCCUCAUGCAGUUGAAAGAGGAGUUCCGGACAUAUGAGGCACUCAGAAGAGAACAUGAUGCCCAGAUUGUCCAGAUUGCCACAGAAGCUGGAUUAAGAAUAGCACCUGAUCAGUGGUCGUCCCUCUUGUAUGGGGACACUGCUCACAAAUCUCAUAUGCAAUCAAUCAUUGACAAACUGCAAACCCCUCAGUCAUUUGGUCAGUCAGUGCAGGAAUUAGUGAUAGCACUUCAGAGAACAGGUGACCCUGGACAGCUAUCCUCCCUGCGGCCCCAGCUGGAAUUACUGGCAGCGCUUGACCCCUCCCCUGAUGCACCACCCCCAGGAUGGGAGCCCUGUGCUGCUGCAAUGGAGGCUGUCCGAGCUGUUGUCACAGGACUUGUCCACUUCAUACAGCACCACGGCAAUAGAAAGUUACCAGAUGCACAUCAUCCACACAAUGCUAAAUAUAAGACAAGCAUGUGCCGGGAUCUGACACAAAGAGGGGGGUGUCCAAGAGGUAACAACUGCACUUUCGCUCAUUCGGAAGAUGAGCUUGAGAAGUACAGAAACAGGAGUCGGAAACAUGGCAAAGGCAUUCCUCCGCCACCCCCAACACCUGCAACUAAGUUGCAGCCUCCUCCUACACAGACAUACCAACAGCUGUCACACCCCACACAACAACAACAACCUCCGCAGCAAAAUGUUGAUGCUGUCAUUGCCCCCAACAAUGGAGAAUGUGUUGCUGUUCCUGUCAUACAGAAGGCUCUUCCUGUUGAAGAAAUACCCCAAGCAGGUGCAGUACCACCAGCCCCAACCUCAUUUGACCCAAAUAAGUUUGUUUCUAUCCAGCCUCACACUCAGGCAAUGUCAGUCCUGCCAGCUCCCACACCAGCUCCAGCCAUUGUGCAACCUGCUUUGGCAGCAACACCACUCUAUGCAAC